AUGGUAAAGAGCUGCAUUGCUGCAGGUGCGGGCAACGCGUCGGCUAUGGGCGGCAACUCGAUGGCAAUGGGAGGCAACAUGACGGGCAUGAGCAGCAUGAGCGGCGGCAUGGGCGUCGGUCAGAUGGGGACGCCGAGGUCUACCACGCCACUGAUGCCGCAAGCAGUUCCGCUAGUCAUGAUGGUUCUCGACGAGAAGGCGAAGGAGCUGUUGCAGCAGCUUCCGUACGAGAAGCAAGUCGACCUAGCAAGCUUCCUGCAGCAGAAGAUGGGGGACGGGGGUAUACGGAAUCCUUCGGCGUGGAUGGCGAAGAGCUGCAUCGCGGCGGGCGCCCAGUCAGGGGGUGGCUCCAUGUAG